AUGUGUGAUAUGCAAAAUAUGCCCACACAAGAUGAUGGCUCGUGUGAGGAAGAUUCUGAGAUGAAUUGGAAUGCAGCAUUUUCAGCCAUGGGUGGUGGCACACAUUUUGUAACAACAGGUGGCCAACUGCCUGUCACUAAAAUACAACAGAAUCCUAAUAAUGGAACUCAGCUGUCACAGGUGGUUGGCAUGGUUGGAGGAGUAAAUAUGGGCGAAGGCGUACAAUAUGUUCGCACACUAGACGGCACUCAAUUGCAGACCACACCACAACUGAUUUCUGUACCCAUAACUCUUCCUGGGACUAAACCAGGUGACCCACAACCAACAGUUCAGAUACAAGUAUUGGCUCCGAGUUUGAUACAGCAACCUCAGCCCAAAUAUCAAAUGCAAAUACCUAUACAGGGUUUUCAACAAGGGGGUGCCGUUCUCACUGUGGCGUAUUCACCGGAAGCGAAUGAUAGCGGCAUACAGCUACUAGGAAACGGCAUGACUGACGGUACCUUCAGGAUAAGACCAGGCUUGCAAGUGGUUGCUGCUCUGCCACAGGACAUGCAAUUAAUGCAAAACAAUAAGGAUCAAGUGCAACAAGCUUUGCAACAACAGAUGUAUCUGACGCAAAACCAGCAAAUUGUGAUCAACAAUCCAGAAGAUGUGAAGCCCAUCAUCAACACGAGUAACAAUAAUAAUGAAGGGGACAUUGUCAUCAAGGAAGAGGAAUGUGAUGAUGACGACUCCCAAAGCACUCAGAAUAGCGAUCGACCACAAGAUAUUUUCAUGUCACAUCCGGAUAUUGUGAAAUAUGUUUAUUCAUGUAAUGUAGGCCAGCAAACACAAGGGCUGCCAGUUUCUCUACAACAAUUUUUACGCCUCAAUCCCACCGAAGUCAAAAAGAAUGUAGAAAAAAUGGAAACAGAGGUCACAAUCGUCAAUGAAACCAUCUCUGAACCAGUUGGAAACGACGAAAUCCUUUUGGAAGAUACUCGUACAAAGAAAAAGAAGAAAUACAAGAAAAAGCCAACCCGUCCCGCUAGGCCAAAGCCCGGUCAGGUCAUAAUCGCGACGGCUGCGGACGGGUCACCCAUCUAUUGUUGCCCCGAGUGUCAGAAUGCUUACCCUGAGAAGGAGCAACUUGAGAUGCACUUAAGUACCCACCAGAUUGAACGGCGGUUUAUUUGCGGGAUAUGUGGAGCUGGGUUGAAGCGAAAAGAACACUUGGAGCGUCAUAAACUUGGCCACAAUCCCGAAAGACCUUACGUGUGCGGCGUUUGUGGGAAAGGCUUCAAAAGAAGGGAACAUCUGAAUCUGCAUGUGGUCAUUCAUUCGGGAGUCAAGAGCGAACGCUGUGGGGAAUGUGGGAAAGGAUUCUACCGCAAAGAUCACCUUCGCAAACAUACGCGUUCUCACGAAACCAAACGUGCAAAAGACGAGGCCAAAGAGGAAGGCAAUAGUGAAUUGUUUGAAUAUGAAGUCAAACAGAAAGCCGUCAGUGUCAGUCCCGGAAACGGAAAUACGAUACUGCCUGAGAUUACUAUACAUGUACCGACAAGUGAGAACAUGCAAACGCCCGUACAAAUUAACAUACCCCAGCAUGUGAUGUCGUCUCUGGCUGCGGCCCAGAGAUCCGGAGGCAAUGGGGCAAGUGGGAUUGGUGGAAACAGUUCCAAUGUGAACAAUGGUCCAAUAUGCACAGAGGCCCAAUUAGACGCCAUAUUGGCCCAGCAUACGUGA